CGGCGCACUGAGCGAGAGAAGCAGCGCUCCCGCCGCCGAGGAUGUGGCCCUCGCUCGCCUGCCUGUGCCUGGCGGCCGCGCUGGCCUUGCCCGGGCCGGUCCGGGGCGCGGUGGUGCGCCAGGCAGACGCGGCCGGCUUCGCCGACUGCGACGCCUUUUUCUACCAGAGGACGCCCCCCGAUGGGCUCCGGCCGGGCGGGCCGCCCGCGCUGCAGAAGAUCUGCCAGAAGUACAAGCAGGAGCCGCGCUUCGCCACCCUCUACAGCACGCAGGACAAGAUCCCGCUGUACUCGGCUUUUCGGUGCGCAGGGGGCGCCGCCGCCGCCGCUCCCAGCGGGGUCGAGACGUGGCUGGUGGAACCGCAGCUGGAUGAUCCUGAAAAUGGCUUGGAAGGAAUGAUGCCCGAGGAUGAGGUCACAGGUUCGGUGGAGAACUUGGGAACGAACCAGGCACUCACUGCAGACUAUGUGGACUCUGGCUAUGUGCAGGGGCAGCUCAACCCCAGCUCCCUUCACAAGGGAGACCACCAAAUUGCCACCCACACACUGACCAACGCCAUACCGAUGACUCCGCCUCUUCAGGAGAUUUGGCACUGGGAGGUUGAGAACCUGUUAGGCCGAGGAUUGGCUCCUCAGUGUGGGAAUGGAAAGGAUCUCUAUCUCAUUACGGGAGCCAUCCCCUCCACCCUCCGAGUGAAAGAAAAAGUUGCAGUCCCCGAGUUUCUUUGGUUAGCAGCCUGCUGUGACGAUGGCACCAAGGCCUGGUCUGUGGGAUUUAUUAAACAGCUGGCUGCCGAAAACCGUCUAGAAAGUUCAACUGUGGAAGCUCUUGAGAAGAAGCUUUCUUCAGGGGCCCAGCUGUUUAAGAACAACUGUGGCCAAGAGAGGCAUGAUCCCCAGAAACUGGAGGCCGUGCUGCAGUCUGUAAAAGAGAUACAGGAUGAAAAACUGGUGCCACAAGGAAAAAAGGCCACUGCGAGCCACCAGGAAAGCGCAGAAAAAGAGGAAAGUGGCUUCCUGAAGAAACUGUUCUAUUUCAUUGUGACCCCGCUCUUCAAACUGCUGAAGUUCAUUUUCUACCUGGUUGGCCAAGUAGUGAAACUUACCUUUUAUCUCCUGUGGCGCCUUGUCCAGAUGGUUAUCAGGGGGGUGACUACUUUCAUCAAAGGAAUUUCCACAGCGCUGCUGAAUAUCUUCAUCGACCUGGCACGGGUAGCUGUAAACAUCCUGAACGGCAUUGCGAAAAACAUCUACAAUGUUUUAAUGAUUACAUACAGGAUUCUUAGUGUGCCUGUUAAUCUGAUCCUGGAUAUUGUGUCCUUCCCUUUUUACACCUUGGGUGCGAUUCCAUCGGUACUUCAAGAUAUCGCUUCAGGCAUUGGUGGACUGUUCUUGUUGGUCAUUGAUGCUACAACCAAUAUUGUGACAGGCCUAAAUUAUGUUGUAUCUUUCUUAGCCAAAAGAUUUCUUCCUAAGAUUUCAGCAGAUGCCUAAAAAGCAAAGAACUCCCUCUCUCCCCUCAGAAUGAAGCAAUACUUUGCAAUAUGUUGCUAAUCUCCUGUUGUUCCUAAAUAUUUAUUGUGGUGACAUUAUCAGUGAUGAACCGAUGUUCUGGCAACAUGGGUGAGCUACAUGACCUCAAAGGGAAAUUUUAUGGCAAAUUAAAAGUUCAUGUAUCGUAAAACCAGCAGCUUUGGUGGGCUGAUUAACCUCUCACUACCAUGUCAAAUCUUUGCAGAAACACAAAAUACUCUUGAAUAUGAGAGGAACACACAUUCUUAUGACUAGAAUGUAUGAAGAUGCAAAGCUGGGGUCAUCAGCCAUGAUAGGCUUCCCCUGAGUCCUUUGGGAAUAGUUUUAUGAACUAAGGAAACAGAAUGACAGGGGCAGGAAGGGCUUUGGAAACAUUUUGAAAAAAAUUCUUUUUUUAGUCAAGAAUUGCUCUUGCACGUGUGUUUUCUUUGUUUAGGAGUGGGGCCAUAACCCAGGAUACCCAUCCUGCAUGGAGAAGCUGCCGGGUUCUUUCUGUGGCAGUCAAGGCAGUUAAAGGGGCCUCAAGGAGCUAGGCUGGGAAAGGCUAAGACCCCUAAGACCCCGGCGAGCCAAAGCCAGGCAGGAGAGAGUGCACUAGUUUGGCAAAUGCACUGACUCGUGGUAAGGGGUUUAAUUGUGAUUUGCACUCUAGAUUCUCUCCUGCCUACUGCCUGGCAUAUAAAUUAAGGAUAAUUGUACAUUUGGCAACAUUUUAGCAAAUCUGCAUUUGUCCCUCGAAGUGAGAAGAAUGUGCACUUCCGGGGUGAAGAAACGCUGGUGUAGUGCAGUGACAAAGAGGCCAAGCUAUGAACCAGGAAGUCCCUGACUUGAAUGUUGACUCUACACUGAAAUCGUUAGGUCAGCCUUCCCAACCUGGUGCUCUCCAGAUGUAUUGGAUGACAGUGCUCAGCAUGCUCAACCCGCUUGGUUAUACUGGCUGGGGAUUAUGGGUCUUAAAUGGCAAAAGUGCAGCUGUUGUACUUCAGGCACGUCAUGAGUAGGGAAGGCUUCCUGAAGAAGACAGUCAUGCUGGGGAAAGUCGGAGGCAGGAGAAGAAAAGGGGGAGCCACCAUGCGACGGGUUGAAUUGAUACAGAAAGCCUCAGCCUGGGAUGUGCGAGAGCUGAGCAGGGCUGUUGUGGAUUGGACAUUUGGAGGGCUUCCGUUCACUGGGGCUCCGUAAGCCAGAGACAACGUGAUGGCACAGAACAGCAGCAAAACAUGCAAUGCUUCUGGAGGGCACCAGGUUGGGAAGACUGCCUCGCAUCAGAUACGUCAUCCUGUUCAGAGCAGUUGAGGUUUACUGACUUUGCACCUGGGGGUUGUACUGCAGCCUCUGCACACUGGAACCUUUGCAGACUUCUCCAGGUUGAUGAAGCUCGUAUUACCAUAACAUGUUCUAUAUGGGGCUGCCAAUGAAAUUGGUUCAGGAACCACAGUUCGUGCAAAACUGGGAAGCUUGAUUCCUAAUUGGGAUGGGGUGCAUCUGACAAUAACUACACAGGCUCCCUGCCUGUUUCCAGGCUCAGCGCAACAUGUUGGUUUUGUCAUUUAAAGGCUCUGUGGCUUAGGACCAGUUUAGCUGAAGGGGAGAGAGGCCAUGUGGCCUACUGUGUAGAAGACAAUCCUCUGUUUGAAGGCUGCUUGGUUCCAGUGUGGUUUAAUGAUAAAGAGCCAUAAGAAGGACGAAUCAGAGCCUUGACGUUGCCUAUCCAGGGUUAGCACCCGGACAGUGAAUGGAGAAAGCAUACAGGUCACCUCACUGCCCACUAACUACUAAUUUAUCAUAUAUGCAUAUAAAUUAGUGCAUGCACAUUCUGUGGAAAUUGGUGUUUUCUUUCAUGGCAAUGUGCAAGUAACCAGCCUACAUAAGGACUGCCUUAUUCCAUUCAGAUCUUCACCAUUUUGGAGCUCUUCCUCUGAAGUCCUUCAGUUCCUUCUACCUACUGAGUUGAUAUAGGUGGUGUCCCAUGAUAAAAGAGGGGUUUCACCUCCUUGGCUCCAGAACGCUCUCCAUAGGGACAUUUGCCGGGCACCAGAGGAAGCCGGCCUUUUUAUUUGCCCAGGAUCUUUUACCCACAAAUACUAACUUUUUCCAAAAUUUGGAAGUACAGUGUGGAUCCUGUUAUGGCCAAAGGAGCUACAUGCAUGAGAAGGCAGUAUUGGAAAGCUUAUAGGAACCCCAAACCAAUCUUUAGAAAAGUAAUACUUUCUCCUGAAUCAGGUGGAGGCAGUAAUUCAGAUACAGUCCUUGUCAUUCAGAUCAGGCAUGCUCGGUAGCCAUGCAAUGCUGUAAGGCAGCGGUCCUCAAACUUUUGAGGACCCAUGUUAUAAGGGGAGGGAGAAACUGAAGAUGGACACCUUUCACAAAGUAACAAUUUGUUACAAGUUUCACUUGUAGAGUUUUGAUCUGGCUUUUUCCUUCCCCUUGCUGCUGGUUAUGUUGGGUUAUGCUGCAUUCUUUAAAAUGUAUUUAUUGCUAAGUUCUAUUUAUUUUUAAUUUUGUUAGCUUCUUGGAGAUGUUUUACAUGAAAAGCAUUACAUAAAUACACUAAGACAAUAAAUGGUAUUUUGAUUA